UGUCCCGAGGGGUCCUGAUCGUCACAUUUUUACACACGUGUAGCGCAGCCAUGGCGGACCUCCAGAUGAAGCUCAUCCGAAAGAAAAUCCAGAAAAGAAGCGAAAAGGACCGAGAGAGAAAGCUGAAGAGGAGGCAGGCAGAGGAAGAGGAGGCUGUGUCGGCGGCGUCCAACGGCCUGCAGGAUGAAGGCUGUGAGGAAGCUGCUGCUGAGGGUAAAGCCCACAGAGAACCCAAGAAGAACCAGGAGAACCGGGCCGAGGAACCAGCGGAGGAGACCAGCACAGAAGAGACUCCUCUGAAGAAACAGAAGAAGAAGAAGAAGAGAAAGUUAGCAGGAGCAGAAGAACCAGUAGCUGAGAAGAAAAUCAGGACCGAAGAAGAGGAGGCAGCAGAUGAGGAAGAGGAGGACCUCAACGAUGGUCCAGCAGGAGCUGCAGAGGAAGAGGAAGCUGCAGAGGAAGAGGAGCCUGAGCUUCCCACAGGACUGACAGGAGCCUUUGAGGACACGUCGUUCUCCUCCCUGGCCGGCCUGGUCAGCGACAGCACCCUGAGGGCCGUCAGGGAGAUGGGCUUCCAGCACAUGACCGAGAUCCAGCACAAGACCAUCCGCCCCCUGCUGGAGGGAAGGGACAUCCUGGCGGCGGCUAAGACGGGCAGCGGUAAAACUCUGGCCUUCCUCAUCCCGUCCAUCGAGCUGAUCAACAAACUGAAGUUCAUGCCCAGGAACGGGACGGGCGUGGUGAUCCUGUCGCCCACGCGGGAGCUGGCCAUGCAGACGUACGGCGUGAUGAAGGAGCUGAUGGAGCACCACGUCCACACCUUCGGCCUCAUCAUGGGGGGCAGCAACCGCUCCGCCGAGGCCCAGCGCCUCGCCAACGGCGUCAACAUCCUGGUGGCCACGCCCGGCCGCCUGCUCGACCACCUGCAGAACACGCCGGGCUUCAUGUACAAGAACCUGCAGUGCCUGAUCAUCGACGAGGCCGACCGCAUCCUGGAGGUGGGCUUCGAGGAGGAGCUGAAGCAGAUCAUCAGGCUGCUGCCCAAGAAGAGGCAGACCAUGCUGUUCUCCGCCACGCAGACGCGGCGGGUGGAGGAUCUGGCCCGCAUCUCUCUGAAGAAGGAGCCGCUGUACGUUGGCGUGGACGACCACAAGGACAGCGCCACGGUGGACGGGCUGGAGCAGGGCUACGUGGUUUGUCCCUCGGAGAAACGGUUCCUGCUGCUCUUCACCUUCCUGAAGAAGAACCGUAAGAAGAAGCUGAUGGUGUUCUUCUCCUCCUGCAUGUCGGUGAAGUUCCACUACGAGCUGCUGAACUACAUCGACCUGCCCGUCAUGGCCAUCCACGGCAAGCAGAAGCAGACCAAGCGGACCACCACGUUCUUCCAGUUCUGCAACGCCGACUCGGGCAUCCUGCUGUGCACCGACGUGGCGGCCCGCGGCCUCGACAUCCCCGAGGUCGACUGGAUCGUCCAGUACGACCCGCCGGACGACCCCAAGGAGUACAUCCACCGGGUCGGCAGAACCGCCCGCGGCGUGAACGGCCGGGGCCACGCGCUCCUCAUCCUGCGGCCCGAGGAGCUCGGCUUCCUGCGCUUCCUGAAGCAGGCCAAGGUGCCGCUCAGCGAGUUCGAGUUCUCCUGGAGUAAAAUCUCCGACAUCCAGUCCCAGCUGGAGAAGCUGAUCGAGAAGAACUACUACCUGCACAAGUCGGCGCAGGAGGCCUACAAGUCCUACGUCAGGGCCUACGACUCCCACUCCCUCAAGCAGAUCUACAGCGUUGGAACCCUCAACCUCCCCCAGGUGGCGCUGUCCUUCGGCUUCAGGCUGCCGCCCUACGUGGACCUCAACGUCCACAGCAGCAAAGGCGUGAAGCUGCAGAAGCGAGGCGGCGGCGGCGGCUUCGGCUACCAGAAGUCCAGCAGCGUGAAGAAGUCCAGAAUGUUCAAGCAUGUGAGCAAAGGAAAGGCCGAGCGCCGGCAGUUCUCCCGCUGAGCCGCCGGUUCUCCCGCUGAGCCGCCGGUUCUCCCGCUGAGCCGCCGGUUCUCCCGCUGAGCCGCCGGUUCUCCCGCUGAGCCGCCGGUUCUCCCGCUGAGCCGCCGGUUCUCCCGCUGAGCCGCCGGUUCUCCCGCUGAGCCGCCGGUUCCUCCAUGAACUCUGUAGUGAUGCCGCUGCAUCUGUAAAUGUCCUCGUGUGAACCAACAUUUCUAAUAAACGACACCAAACCAGCAGCGCCGCCUGCUUCUCACCUUUAUUCCACGCUCCUCUGGAGAACUUUACAAGACAAGCCUUCAUCAGAACCCUGCCAGAACCACACGUGAUUAACAAAGACCCAGAUCCUGUCUCUAAAGUUCUGCUCGGCAGCAGCAGCACCGACCCGGUUCAGAUAGUCGAGCCUCACUGGAUCACCAGAACCCACCACAGCAUCAGAAUUAGAGACAUGUUCUGAUUGAUUUCACGUUUAUGUCCAGUGGGGAUAAAAUGUCUUUAGUUACCGCAGGUUAGAAACAAUUUAAAUUUAAUUUCCUGAGAAAUAUUAAAACUCCUUCAUAUUGCUGUGCAAAAGUUUUAGCGGUAAAACGCUGAAAGAAUCCUUCAGAAUCUGAGUUAAGACGCAGCAAAUGACCCGCAAGAACCAGGGUACUACACGGUAGGACGGGUCCAAGUCCAGGCCGUCGGUACCUGCUGGUCAUUGGUCCCCAGCAGGACCACCAACAUGGCCAGAGGAGGACACGGACGCCACUGAUACCAAAAUGGGUCCAAUGGGGUUCUAGUGAGCCCCAGAACCUCGGUCCAAUGAUCUAGCACAUGAAUGUUUCAGGCAGCAGAAAGCUAACGUAGACGGGGCCGUGUCGGGGGUAGACGGGGCCGUGUCGGGGGUAGACGGGGCCGUGUCGGGGGUAGACGGGGCCGUGUCCGGGUAGAGCCCAGGUGUUGUAGCAUGUGGCGAGGGAACUUCUACCACACGCCUAUUAGUUAUAUUUGCUAUAAUGUCCCCAUGGCUUCUACCUGGCUGAUGUUUUAUUGCUAACACAGAAGACAAGUUGCUUUUGUUAAACAUUUAUUUUAAAUACAUUUUACGCCAAAUGAGCUGAAUAUUGAAUAUUAUCCUUUAAUAAAGUUCGUUAACGUGAGGCAUGCAGGUUAAGUUGUAUUUUCUGUUUCUGUGUGUAAAUAUAACAGACAUCAGAUCUCA